AUGUGUAGAUGGAAGAAUAUAGAACAUUAUAAUAUUUAAGGAGAAGAACUUUUAAUAUAUGAUAUACAUAAUUUGUCAAUACCAGAUCUAAAUCUUGAACAAUAGAUCUUGAAACUAAUUUUGAAAUUAGCCUCAUUCCAAGUUUGUAUUUGUGCAAAGAUUAAUAAGUGAAUGAAUUAAUGUUAUAAAUGAAUAUGUUCAUGCCAGUGAUACUAUUGAUUAAAAUGUCGUUACGAAAAAGCAAUUUUAAAAUAUUAAUUUUUGAAGAAAAUAAAAUUUAACUACACAAGCAAAUUACCAAACGGACGAACUCAAAUAACUAGUAUUAGAACGUCAGAAUAAUUCAAACAGAUUGUUAUUUCCAAAUUAGUUCUAAAAAUGUUAAGUAAAUUAGGAAUACACUAAUUAAGUAAAAAUUUAUACAGGUAAAUCAACUAAACUUUGGAUUACAUAUAAUUUUGAUUUGUCUUCCUAAGUUUACUACAAUUUUAGUAGUGUUGUAAUUUCUAAAAUUUUUUUUAGGAUGAUUUAUAGUUAGAAGAAAAUUUUAUAUUUAGGAAUAUUGUAUUCCCAAGCUAAUAAGGUUGCACUAUCUGUUUAAACCUUUAAAGAAUGUAUUAUAGAAGGGAAUUCAAAUUAAAAAGUAUUCAUACCAUUUUUUUUUAACUGA